ACGUAAUGUUGAAAGGUGUGGUGAAAGGUGCGCUCACUGGCCGGUUUGAAUUGAAAACAUAAAGCCGUCUAGCUGGAAAAUCUGCAACACACCCGCCUGUUAAGUUUUUCUUGCAGUCGAGGGACUUUGUACGAGUUUUAAUUAUCAACUCGGUUUACUUCUACAGCUUCUAAAAUGAGUAAAAUCUCGAAGCUUUUCAAGGGAAGCUCCAGCUCAAGCUCGAGCUCUUCCAGCUCGUCAAAGUCCAAACACCACCGGUCACGAGGAGGACCAUCUCCCCAGGAGGCCAUCCACAGACUCCGGGAAACAGAGGAAAUGCUAACGAAGAAGCAGCAGUACUUGGAGAAGAGGAUUGAACAAGAAAUAACGAUAGCCAAGAAGCACGGCACCAAAAACAAAAGGGCUGCUCUGCAGGCCCUGAAGAGGAAGAAGCGCUUGGAGCAGCAGUUGACCCAGAUCGAUGGCACGCUCUCCACCAUUGAGUUUCAGAGAGAGGCUCUGGAGAACUCGCAUACCAACACAGAGGUCUUGAAGAACAUGGGCUUUGCUGCCAAGGCCAUGAAGAACGCCCAUCAGAACAUGGACAUUGACAAGAUAGAUGAUCUGAUGCAGGAUAUCACAGAGCAACAAGAUGUGGCUCAAGAGAUCAGCGAAGCCAUCUCCAGACCUUUUGGCGAGACAUUUGAUGAGGAUGAGCUGUUGGCAGAGCUUGAGGAGCUGGAGCAGGAGGACCUUGAGAACAGCAUGAAGAGCAUGGGCGGACUUCCCAGCGUUCCCAACUCUAAACUGCCUUCAUCUCGACCCAGUAAUCGUGCAACAACCAAGAAAAGGGUUGAAGAAGAGGAUGACAUGCGCAUGCUGUCAUCAUGGGCAAUUUAAGUGCAUUAAGACAGCCCCAAGAAAGUAAUACUCAAGAAUUUCUGGAGACCCUCCUGUCUUUAUUCUUCUUUUUACAUUAUUAUAGAGUGUUUUGGGGGGGGGAAUGAACUUAGGCUUAUGCAAAGUUUUAUUGAAUAUACCUUUUCCUGUGUUUUAACACUACGUUAUUGCUUAUAUUUAUAAAGAAACAAAGUGAAGGAAUCUAAAAACUGCAUUUUAGACUUAUGUUCUUGUCUGAUUUAUUUCCUUUUUAUCUUUAUCUCUAAUUGAGUACAGUUCAGAAUGCUCUGCACAGUACUUUUUAUAGACCUAACUAGAGUCCAACAAAGCUAUGACUGAUUCUUUUUAGUACAAAACUGUAUUUCAUGCAGCUGUAAAUAUUUGCAGAGGUCGCCUUAAUGUUGUAAAUUUUGCAUAAAAGUGUCAUAAAUAAAAUGGUCUCUUA